AUGGUCCUCAUGCAGAGCCUCGUGCUGGAGAGGAAGAGCGAGCUGGCGAUCCGCGAGGUGGAUGUAUGCGACGAGCUCGGCCCCCACGACUGCCGAGUGAAGAUCCACAGCGUGGGCAUCUGUGGCAGUGACGUGCACUACUACGAGCACGGGCGCAUUGGUCCCUUUGUGGUGGAGAAGCCGAUGAUCCUUGGCCACGAGGCGUCCGGCACAGUUGUGGCGGUGGGCACAAAUGUGAAGAAACUGAAGGCUGGCGACCGCGUUGCGCUGGAGCCCGGCAUCCCGCGCUGGGACUCUGCGCAGACGCUGAGCGGGCUGUACAACCUGGAUCCCGAGCUGACGUUCUUCGCAACGCCGCCGGUGCACGGGUGCAUGUCGACAACCAUCAUCCACCCUGCCGCUCUGUGCUUCAAGCUGCCGGACAACGUGAGCUACGAGGAGGGCGCGCUGUGCGAGCCGAUCGCUGUUGGCAUGCACUCGGUGACGAAGGCUGGUGUCAAGCCAGGCGAUGUGGGCCUCGUGAUUGGAUGCGGCACAAUCGGGAUCAUGACGGCGCUGUCCGCGCUUACAGGCGGGUGCUCUGAAGUGAUUGUCUGCGGGUCGCACGACGCGCGGCUGGAGAUCACGCACCGCUAUCCUGGCCUGCGCGCGGUGAACACUUUGAGGGCGGGCGAACUGAAGCGUGUUGUGGCUGAGGCGACGGAGGGCAAGGGCUGCGACGUUAUAUUCGAGUGUGGCGGUGCUGCAUCCGCGUUCCCGCUGAUCUACGAACACGCCGCGCCUGGCGCGACUUGUGUGCUGGUGGGGAUGCCGAUUGAGCCUGUGCCGUUUGACGUUGUGAUGGCGCAGGCGAAGGAGAUCACGUUCCAGACGGUGUUCCGCUACCGCAACGUGUACCCGCGCAUCAUCCGCUUGCUGAGCUCCGGCAAGAUGGACGUGAAGCCGCUGAUCAGCGCUACGUUCGCGUUCAAGGACAGCGUGAAGGCGUACGAGCGCGCGAUGAACCGCGACCCGAAGGACAUGAAGAUUAUGAUUCAGAUGGACAGCUAG